AUGGCCAGUCAUGGCUUGAAGCAGACUGCCUCGCAAACGUUGCAACAGGCGCAGAUGAACGCGCUUUUGUCGCUGCUCAAUCUGAACGACCCCAUCACCGCAGCAUCUCCUACCGCCGGUAAAGCGUCAACGGGCUUGAAACUUCCCGCGACAUCAGGACCACCUGUGUGGAAGAUAUUGGUGCUGGACCAGCAGACGAAGGACGUGCUUGCGACGGUCUUGCGCGUGCAAGAUCUGCGGGAUAUUGGUGUGACAUUGCAUGUGCAGCUUCACGCCUCCCGUCCUCCAUUACCCGAUGUGCCCGCCGUCUACUUCAUCUCCCCGACUUUAGCGAAUAUUCAGAGGGUAGCGGAAGAUCUACAAAAGGGACUUUACGAGUCGUUCCACAUCAAUUUCUCAGAACCACUCUCGCGGUCACUGCUCGAAGAACUCGCGGCUUCAGUUGCGCGCGAUGGGACGGAGGAACUAGUCGCUGAGGUCGUGGAUCAGUACUUAUCAUUCAUCGCCCCCUCUGCCUCAUUGUACUCGCUACUCCCACCGUCCGUUCCGGUAGCUGCAACAUCCCCAACACCCGGCCAACCAGGGCCUUCCACCCCUACAUCUUCAUAUGCUAUCCUCAACUCUCCAGCCUCUUCUGAGCAGGAUAUUGAGAGUGAGAUUGAGAGGAUAGCCAGCGGACUGUUUAGUGUGGUAGCUACUAUGGGACAGGUGCCAAUCAUCCGUGCGCCAAAGGGUAAUGCCGCAGAGAUGGUUGCUAAAAAACUGGAGACUCGUAUCCGAGAUUCGCUCAUCACGGCUCAGCGAUCCCAAGGGUCCUCGUUAUUCUCGCAAGAUGCGGCAGGGCUGUCCAAUCUUCAGCGACCCUUGCUUCUCUUACUUGACCGGAAUAUCGACCUCGUGCCCCUCAUGUCGCACGGCUGGACAUACCAAGCCCUCGUAUCGGACUGCCUCGAGAUGAAGUUGAACCGGGUGACCGUUACACAACCGCAGAAGAAAGCUUUUGACCUCGACUCAAAGGAUUUCUUCUGGGCAAAGAACGCUGCGAGCCCGUUCCCACAGGUUGCAGAGGACAUCGAUGCAGAGCUCAACCGGUAUAAACAGGACGCGGCAGAGAUCACUCGGUCUACUGGUGUGAGCGACGUCAAUGAUAUCUCACAACUUGAUAUCUCGCACAAUGCGGCACACUUGAAGACAGCGAUCACCCAGCUACCGGAGCUCACUGCUAGGAAGGCAACUUUGGACACGCACAUGAAUAUUGCUACCGCAUUACUAGAGGAGAUUAAGAAGCGCGGGCUUGACGAGCUCUUCAGCACAGAGGAGGCGAUCACCAAGCAGACUACUGCUACGCUGCUCGAGACGUUAAGAUCUCCCAAAGGCGAGGGUGCUCCAACCCCCCUCGACAAGCUUCGUCUUGUUCUCGUCUUCUACUUGUCCAGUCAGGACAAUGCGGUUUCGAAAGACGACAUCGCCGCGCUCGAGACUGAACUAAAAAGGGCCGGCGCUGACGUUGCUGCGUUCGAGUAUGUUCGUAAGCUGCGCGAGAUCUCGCGUAUGAUGGUGCCGACUAUUCAGGGCACCGCAACCCCGAACAUCGGUGGUGGGCAGGGAGGCGAGUUAUUUAAGGGUAUCAGUUCCCUCUCCAACCGCCUUGCAGGGCGCUUCGGUGACACCGGUCUGGAGAACCUGAUCUCCGGCGUGAAGAACUUCUUGCCUGUGAAUAAGCUUUUCACAGUGACGCGCCUAACCGAAGCUCUUAUGGACUCGUCCGCUGCAUCAAACCAGUCGCUCGCGGAGACGGACGAGUUUGUGUUCUUAGACCCCCGCGCACCACGCUCGAGCGCUGCGCCCGCAUAUGGACAAGUUGGUGCACCUGGUGCCGGAGCGCGUGCACGCAGGAUGGCCUUUUCCGAGGGCCUUGUCUUCAUGGUGGGCGGCGCAGGCUAUGUCGAGUAUGGGAACCUGGAAGAAUGGGCGACGAAGGCGAACAAGAAGAUUAGUUACGGAGGUACGGAGAUAUGGGACCCUGAGGGCUUCGUGGGCGUCUUGCAGGAGCUCGGGGCUAAGAAGUAG